AUGGCCAUUUUAGUUCAUGUUGUUGAUGCAAAUGAACACAAGAGUGCAUCAAUCAGGGACAGCAAGAAGGCCUACAGAAAGCUGGCUUUGCAGUUACAUCCCGACAGAAAGCAAGACGACCCGCAAGCCCAGGACAAGUUCGCAGACUUGGGGGCAGCUUAUGAGGUCCUCUUACAUAAGGAGAAAAGAAAACGGUAUGACAUGUAUGGAGAGCACAGGCUCAAAGUGGGUCACCACAGCUCUCACAGUAAUAUCUUCUCCAGCUUCUUUGGUGAUUCUGAGUUCAUGUUUGGUGGCAACCGACCGCAACAGGACAGGAAUAUUCCCAGAAGAAAUGACACAAUACCAGACCUGAAGGUUACACUGGAAGAAGUGUACUCUGGGAACUUUGUGGGUGGCAAACCUGAGUUGAAAGAGGCAGUGGAAGGAUGGAAUCGGACCAAGCCGUUUAUGCCACCAGGAGUGUUUCAGAAGGGAGACGUGUAUGGACGACGUCGAUGGAGGCAAGUACAGUACAUGUCUGACCUGUUCUGGAAGUGCUGGGUUAAGGAGUACCUGCCCCAGCUUCAAGAGUGUCAGAAGUGGCAGAGAAUCGGACGGAACUUCAUUCCUGGGGAUGUGGUUAUCGUUGUCGAUGAUUCUGCGCCUCGUAACUCUUGGGUGACUGGAAGCACCGUGUUGAUCUUUUUGACACAUGCACCGGAGCGUCAGCUUCAAGCGGACCAUCACUACCUCUCACAUCUAAAGGACCAACAUGGAGCGAGAAGUCAGCGCUCUCAGGAGGCCGACAAACCUGACAGAAGAAAGAGAGAGAAAACAUACACCUGUGACGAGUGUGGGAAGGAUUUUACUGUGAAGGCUUCACUAAAACAGCAUCAGGUCAUCCACACUGGAGAGAGACCGUUCAGCUGUGACUUGUGUGGAAAGUCUUUUUCCUGGAAGCGUUCCCUAAAACAACACCAACUCAUCCACACUGGAGAGAGACCGUUCAGCUGUGACUUGUGUGGAAAGUCUUUUUCCUUUAAGUUUUCCCUAAAAACACACCAGCUCAUCCACAGUGGAGUUAAAGCGUACAGCUGUGAUCAGUGUGGCAGAGCUUUUACUCAAAGAAGCAAGUUACAGAGGCAUCUAGUUACCCACUCUGGAAUUAAGGCAUACAGCUGUGACGAGUGUGGGAAGGAGUUUACUGGGAAGGCUUCACUAAAACAUCAUCAGGUCAUCCACACUGGAGAGAGACCGUUCAGCUGUGACUUGUGUGGAAAGUCUUUUUCCUGGAAGCGUUCUCUAAAAACACACCAACUCAUCCACAGUGGAGUUAAAGCGUACAGCUGUGAUCAGUGUGGCAGAGCUUUUACUCAAAGAAGCAAGUUACAGAGGCAUCUAGUUACCCACUCUGGAAUUAAGGCAUACAGCUGUGAUGAGUGUGGGAAGGAGUUUACUGGGAAGGCUUCACUAAAACAUCAUCAGGUCAUCCACACUGGAGAGAGACCGUUCAGCUGUGACUUGUGUGGAAAGUCUUUUUCCUUGAAGCGUUCCCUAAAAACACACCAACUCAUCCACAGUGGAGUUAAAGCGUACAGCUGUGAUCAGUGUGGCAGAGCUUUUACUCACAGUAGCCACUUACAGAGGCAUCUAGUUACCCACUCUGGAAUUAAGGCAUACAGCUGUGACAUUUGUGGAAAAACCUUCAGCCAGAGAGGGGACCGAAAUACACACCUACGCAUUCACACCAGACAUGAUGUGUACUGCUGUGAACAGUGUGGCAAACAGUUUAUAACUCACACAGAGUUACAACAACACAUGUUUACCCACACUGAGGAACGACCUUAUAAAUGUGACCUGUGUGAGAAGACUUUUAAAUCUCCACGUCACCUGAGACAACACCAACAGAUCCACACCAGAAAGAGACUCUACAAGUGCAGUUACUGUGAGAAGCAGAGCGACACAGAUGGAUCCAGUUCUCAACCCUGUCAUCACUGUGGAGGUGGGAAAGACUUUCGUUGUGACCUCUGUGGAAAAACUUUCAGUUGGCAAAAGACCCUAAAAAGACAUCAACGUAGACACACUGGAGACAAACUGAAAUACUGCAAAGAAUGUGGGAGAAGCUUCACCACAUCAAGUUACUUAAAACAACAUGAACUGAUUCACAGUGCGGUUAAAAAGCACCUCUGUGAUCAGUGUGGGUCAUCCUUCAUCACUGCAUGGGGGCUUAAAACACACAAACGAGUCCACACAGGAGAGAAACCAUACAAGUGCAGACACUGUGACAAAAGCUUCUCACAUUCAAGAAGUUGUAACAGGCAUGAACGUGCACACAUGGAAGAAAACUACAGCUGUGACCAGUGUGACAAGAGCUUCAGGAAUCUCAGUUCAUACUCUGAACACAAACGAUCCCACGUUACUAAUAAACUGUUUCACUGUUACCAAUGUGCCAACACAUUCACCUCAUUGUCACACAAGGCUUCAUCGGGGAGUUCACUCAUGAUUGGACCAUGA